UGUCUAUUUGUCCAAAUAUGUUCAUACGGAGGUUCAAGAGCAAAAUAUGCAACCUAAUGGGAACCCCCAUUUGUUUAAAAGUGGUCCACACUUUUCAUUUCUUUCUCAAAUUUGGGGAGAGCAUAGGGACUCCCCAUUUGUGCCAAACUCAUCCAAUUCUUGUCCACUUGUUUUUUUGGCCCACAUGUCAAAUAUUCAUGAAGAGAUAAAUGUGGGUUACUAUUGGACAACUUGAUAUUUUCUAACACCCCCAUUUGUCCAAAAACCCCUCAAAUGGAGAAAUGGGAAGGACAAAUGGGGCUCGUCCUUGGAGACGCGCUGAGGGGGACGAAGACGACGACGAGGUCAGGUCAGCCGGUGGCCAACCAAGGUCCCAUCACUCCCCGAUGGCCCUAUCCAAGCCUUUUCCGAUAUGUGUCUUGCGCACAGGAUUCUGAUUCUUUGCCGCGGGAGAGACCUGUAACGAGAAUAACCAACCGCGUAACGGUCACCCGGCCCGGCCGGGCGGCUCUGAUGCUCCCAUGUCGUGGCGCUCGCGCAGCUGCGUGCCUCCUCCUCCUGCUCACGGCCGCGAUCCUCUCCUCGUGCGCGGGCGCCGGGCGGCCUUCGCCCGUGCAACACAGGCACGGCAGCGCCGGCGCCGGGUGGCACUCGUUCAAGCGGCUGCUGCACGCGCGGCGUGGGAGCCGCGUCACGGGGCUCGGCGAGCUGAAGCGGUACCUGGACACGUUCGGGUACAUGCCGGAGCACGCCGGUGACCACGCGACGCCGACGACAACGGACGAUGCUUUCGACGAGCGCCUCGAGGCUGCCGUGAAGCGGUACCAGUCCCGGCUCGGCCUGCCCGUCAGCGGCCGGCUCGACGCCGCCACGCUCGACCGGAUCAUGUCCCCGCGCUGCGGCGUCGAGGACCACGGCAUGUCCGUGUCCGUCGCCGGUGGCGUCCCACCGGAGCAUGGCGGCGCAGUAAGCCGUUUCUCCUUCUUCAAGGGCCAGCCGCGGUGGGCGCGGCCGCAGUCAGAGUCAGAGUCGGACCCGGCGAUCGUGCUCACGUACGCCGCGUCCCCGACCGCCACUGUUGGAUACCUGCCGCCCGACGCCGUGCGCGCCGUGCUCCAGCGAGCGUUCACGAGGUGGGCGCGGGUCAUCCCCGUGUCGUUCGUCGAGACGGACGACUACGACGCCGCCGACAUCAAGGUGGGGUUCUACGAGGGCAGCCACGGCGACGGCGUGCCCUUCGACGGGCCCCUCGGCGUGCUCGGCCACGCCUUCUCCCCCAAGAACGGCCGGCUCCACCUCGACGCGUCGGAGCGGUGGGCGGUGGACUUCGGCGGUGAGAUGGAAACCUCGUCGGCCAUCGACCUCGAGUCCGUGGUGACUCACGAGAUCGGACACGUCCUUGGGCUCGGACACUCGACGUCGCAGGAAGCCGUCAUGUACCCAAGCAUCAAGCCGCUGCAGAGGAAGGCAGACCUUACCAUCGAUGACGUCGAAGGCGUGCAGCUCCUGUAUGGCUCCAACCCGGACUUCCGACUCAGCUCUCUCUACAACGAGAGGGCCACCUCAAGGUCGCCGGCGAGGAGCUCUUGGGCUGCCUCAUCGGGCAGGCUAGGAAUAGUUGGUGUUGUCUUGGUCAUACUUGUGACGCAAUUGUAGAUAGACAUGUACACGAUUUUAUAGGCUGAGGUCACAAAGUUAGAAAAAACAAGUGUUGGGUGGCGAGAGAAAGAAUUGUUUCUCUUCUUGUAUAUAGGUUGCUUUGCACAGUCAACUUGUUACAGGAAAGCAGAUGUAACUGGACAUAAUAUAUUCAUCAAAAAGUGAGGACUAGCUUAUGGUUACUGACA